GAUUUCCAAUGAAAAUUUUGUGGUCAAAUUGAAUAUUUCCCUCACAAUUGAGCAGGGGAUCCGAAGUGAAAAGUGAAAACUACUCAUAGAAGAAAAGUGAUAGUCAAUGGCAAGCACCGCGUGUUUCAUGAUUGUCAGCAAAAGUGAUAUUCCGAUUUACGAAGCUGAAGUCGGCAUUGUCCCCAAAAAGGAGGAUGCAGCGCAUCAGCAUCAGUUUAUAUUACAUGCUGCGUUGGAUAUUGUCCAAGACCUCGCGUGGACUACGAGUGCUAUGUUUUUGAAAGCAAUUGACAGAUUCAAUGAUUUGGUGGUUUCUGUCUAUGUGACUGCAGGACAUAUCCUUUAUUUGUUCUUUUCUAAUUUAAUGUAUUACUAUUUUUAAUUUUUUUUUUCCCUUCCCGAAAUCAAAGAAGGAAACACUAAGUAUUGAAGGAA